AUGAUUUAAAGUAACAGCUAAAAUUCACUAAUAAAAUAGAGUCAUUUCGGAUAAAUAAUAACAAAAACACCUCUUAACAAAUUAAAUAGACCAUAAGAUCAAUCAACUAUUUCUUAAUAUUAAUCUCCUACAUUAAGAUAAGCUAUGUCACCUAAAGCAGCUAGAGAAUAUCUUAACAGUUUGAGAAGUUUCAUAUGUCAUUAUGAAACAAAACCAACAGUUGAAAGAAUGCCUGCAUAAUCUCUCCAUGAAAUAAUGUAAUAACAACCAUAUUUGUAUUUUCCAGUAGCUAAUAGAUUGAAUGAUCACAUUAAAUUGAUUACUCCACAUAAGAUUGAAGUAAGGAAAAUGAAUGAUGAUGGUACCAUUCAUUCAUUAAGAUAUUAUUAUUUAAAAUAAGCAACUUUGGGAAGUUCAAAUGACAUACCCUAAUCAUAAUAAAUAAUGAUUGUAGGUUAAAAACAGAGUGGCAAGAAGAAGUUAUUCCAAGAAUUAAUCAAACGAAUAAUGCCUAAACAAUUCAAACUAUAAUUGUAUACAGAAUCAGGAGAGAAGACUAUCAAUCUGCAAUUGAAUGAUGAUAUAAAAUAAACUAUUAAAAGUAUACUGGCAGGACUGAAGCAUUAUUAAUUAAUUGCUUAAGGGGAACAAAAUAUGAUAGCUUGCAGAGGAUUGGAAGGAUUCAAGAGAGACAAGAAAGACAAGGGUAUACUUAUUAUGUGUGUGAAACCAGGAAAAUAAGAGAAAUCUGAAUGCAUCAAGACUUUCAAAAUGUUAGAGGAAAUUUACAAAAAUUGA